AUGAGAAGCCCAUGGCGUAAUGCUCUAAUUGUGAAACUCCUCGGCAAGAAGGUGGGAGUUAUGUAUAUGAAGAUCAAACUGGAGAGUUUGUGGGCAAAGUCAGGAUCGAUUGUAGUUGCGGAUUUGGGUAAUGAUUUCUUUUCAGUCAAAUUUGCUAAUCUGGAAGACCUCAGUAUAGCUCUCACGGGUGGCCCAUGGGUGCUGAUGGGACAUUAUCUUGCAAUUCGGAAGUGGGAACCAGGAUUCAACCCCCACAAGGCUAAUAUCCAUAGAGUAGCAGCGUGGAUCCGUCUCCCUGGCAUUCCACAGGAGUUCUGUGAGUAUCCCUUUCUGAAUCAUCUAGGUAAUAUCAUAGGCAAAGUCAUUAAAGUAGACAAAAAUACUUCUACUGGUGAAAGAGGCAAGUUCGCCAGAGUGUGUGUUGAUCUUGAUCUUUCCAAACCGUUGAGAGGUGAAUAUUUUUUGGAGGAUGAUACCUUCAAAGUUGAAUAUGAAGGGCUUUAUCUAAUAUGCUUGAAGUGUGGUAGAUAUGGCCACAAUGUGGAUAACUAUCCAGAGUGUGUUAAGCCGGCUAAUGUUAACAUUGUACCAGACAACAGGAAGGAGGUGUCUGAGAAUCCUUUGAUGAAUCAGGGAGUUGGUCCCUGGAUGGUAGUUCAGAGGAGAAAACAGAAGAAUCAGUUUGCCUCUUCCAAAGGAAGCUCGGGUCCUAGGAAAGGGAGAGGCAGUGAGCAGGUGAGAGAAUUGAACCAGAAACCUGCAUUGGUGGUGGGGAAUCAAAAACCCAAGGAGAAUAAAAGCUAUUCCUCGCAGCAAUCCUCUCUGGCAGGGCGGGUUUACAAGCCUGUUAAUGUCCACACCAAGAAAAAAGGGAGUAGUGCUAAAGGAAAUGAAUCAAAGCAGAAGGAGGAGACCAUUGCUGCUUUUGUUUUCAAUUCGGAAGCCUCCUGUUCUGGUUCCAAAGGUACUGCAAAGGUGGAAACUCCCAUGGCUAAGGGGAGGUUAAGGGUAGUUAAAGGCAAAUCUCCCAAAGUUACUCCAGUCACGGCUUGUGGCUCUGAGUUUGAAUCUUCUGCUAUUGUUAAAGAGUGCAUCUCUACUUCUACUUUGGGGCAGCCUAGUGAAGAUUCCUCCAAGUCCCUCAUCAAGUCUGACCAGGAGAAUUCUUCGGUGCUUGUCUCUGGAGAGUUUUUAGAUGAGGCUGUACCUCUGGAUUUAAUCAUGAGGAGUGUAUCCCCUAGUGUUGAGGCAAUGGCAGGAAUGGCAUUGAGGGAAGGAGAAGAUCCUCUUAGCUUUGACCUCAUGAUGGAGAUUACCCAGGAACUCAGUAAUCCUGGUGACAACAUGGUUUCUCAAUGA